AUGGCUUCUGCCGUCCUCUUUCCAGGAGACAUCAGAUGCUAUUGCGACUCCCAGUCUUGCCAGGACGUAGGCGCAACUGAGUGCAGGGCCGAGUUCUACUGCUACGUUUCCUUCAGGGCGGUCCGGCAUGGCAACAGGACGCAACGGCAGCAACAACACGGCCGGCCUUCGGUGGAAACGUUGUCUCCUGACUCAAUUUUCGAUGCGAACGCCCCGGAGGAUGGCAGUGUUUGGGAAACCGCCAAAUCGCGACCGACGAAGCAGUACUAUGAGGCAGUGAAUCGGGGUUGCGUUGCUUCCUCGCAGCUUGGCAUUUGCAUAGGAGCUGCACACGAGGAAGUCGAGAAUGGGCCCCUCAUAAGAUGCUGCAAGGACUCCUGGUGCAACACUGGCCGUGUAAGCAAGACCAAUUCUUACGUUUUUUUAAAGAAACUGCUUGUAAUUCCUGGUGUAAGUGGAUGCGAUAAAUGUUUCUGUUGGAUAUUAUCUCUAGAAACCCAUGCGCUCGAAUCAGGAGGCGACUCCGCAUGUCUGAAUUUCCUUGUCUCAAGCUUGAGCCUUCUAUUUCAGACCCUGGAGAUCGCGCAUGCGGAGUCAUCGGGGCAGAAUAAACACGCUUCUGUAUCCGGUCUGCCAUCUGUUUUUGGAGGGGAUCCGCUGUACAACGCGCUGCCUCAGACGCCUCAGCGCUUCCCCUUCAACAACGCGGCUCCUGAGGGUGGUCAAUCGGGUCAGCCCUUCAGAAAACGCGAUAAUCAGCAGACUGGACCCCGAAACCCCUUUAGACCAAUUCCGUCGAGAACAAAUAAUCAUAUGAAAUCGAUAUGGGGUCUUCCCACAACGGCUGCUUCUACGCAAACGUCAUGUAAGUCCGCUUUAAUAUCGACAUUGUGUGGUCGGACCGGUCUUAACGUACGUCAGGCUGGGUCAGUGGCGGAAGAGAAGAAGGGGCUGGGCGUUGCCGUUAUACAACAGUCGGAUUGCUGA